AUGGCCGCGGAUCCGCCGCCCACGACCACGGAACCCUCGCCGCCAUCAUCCUGGCCCACCCCGCACGACCCCAAACCAACCGUCCUGCUCAUCCACUCGCACACGCGCAAACCCGCCGAGCCGGUCCUGCCCGCCGCAACCUGGUCGCGCCUGCACCAACUCUUCACCAUCCGCACGCUGCCCCCUACCGUCACCAGCAUCCCGGCCUUCGUCGACUAUCUCCAGGCCUGGCCCCACAACAACGCCAAGGGCGAGGGCGACAUCCGCGCCAUCCUCCGCACAGGCUGGCUCAAGGCCGGGCCGCACGCCGACCUCCGCUUCUUCGACACGGGCGUCGUCCCGCACCUGCCGCGCAGCCUCGAGUUCGUCACCUGCUCGGGCCAUGGCCACGACGCGGCCGACGUCGCGGCGCUGGCGGCGCGGGGGAUCGCCUAUGCCAAUACCCCCGACACGUGCACCGAGGCCGUCGCCAACGCCGGCCUGCACCUCGUGCUGAGCACCUAUCGUUAUUUCAGCUUCGCCGAGCGGUGUGCCCGUGGUGGGGUUCCAACUGGCGGCGGCGGAAGCGGCAGCAGCGGCAGCAGCGGAAGCGGAAGCGGUAGUACUGCUUCAAACCAAGGAGGAGCAGGCCACGGCGAGCUUUCUUGGCCCGACUCUAGGCAGCUCGGUCCAAAGGCCGAGGAUCCGUGCGGCCAGGUUCUGGGCGUCGUGGGCAUGGGCGAUAUUGGAACGCGGAUCGCCGUGAAGUGCGCGGCCGCGCUGGGUAUGCGCGUUGCGUACUAUAACCGCAGGCGAAACGCGGCAGCUGAGGACAAGUUGGCCGCUUUGGGGUGCGAAGCGGUGUACCACGACUCGCUGGAGAGCCUGUUGCAGGAGGCAGAUUGCCUGUGUCUAGCGUGUCCGUUGACCAAAGAGACGAGAGGAAUGCUGGGAAAGGAGACUCUACGGCUGGUCAAGGCCAGCGGGGUGCGGAUUGUGAACAUUGCGCGGGGAGGCCUGAUUGACGAGGAUGCAUUGAUUGAGGCCAUGGAUGAUGGACGGGUCUUGGGCGUGGGUUUGGACGUGCAUGCUAACGAGCCAGGCGUCAAUCCGAAGCUGAGGGACAACUGGAUGACAACGCUUUUGCCGCACAUUGGAGUUUGCUCCAAUUCCACAUGGCGAGAAUUCGACCGUGUGACGUUCGAAAACCUGGAGAACUGGUUCUACGGGGAUCGGUCCAAGGUGCCCGUUGUGAACUUUUGA